UCUCUCUCCUUCACAUUCUCUCCUCCCCUCCAUCCAGCAGCAUCUUCAGACUCCUCGCUCCUCCUCCUCAUUCACUGUCAGCGACAAUGACCAGCACAGUUUCAGUCUACACGGACAAGAUGAAGGAGAUGUCCAUGUUGUCUCUGCUCUGCUCCUGCUUCUAUUCACAGCCACAUCCUAACAGCCUCUAUCAGUAUGGAGACCUGGAGGUGAAGGGCCUGAACAAGCGAGCCUCAGGACAGUCUUUUGAAGUGAUCUUAAAGGAUCCGGGUCAGUCCGGGGACAAAGCCCAGCCUCAGCCGUUACGGAUCAGUCCGAGGAAGGAGGUGUCCCUGGAGGAUCUGCACAAGAGGCUGGAGGCAGCUGAAGAGAGGAGGAAGUCGCAGGAGGCUCUAGUGCUGAAACAGCUGGCUGAGAAGAGGGAGCACGUGCAGGAGGUCCUCCACAAGCUGCACAAGGAAAACAACAAUUUCAGCAAGAAGACGGAAGAGAAACUCAUCCAAAAGAUGGAGGUCAACAAGGAGAACCGGGAGGCCCACCUCAGUGCCCUCAAACAGAGGCUUCGUGAGAAAGAAGUCCACGCCGCUGAGGUUCGGAGGAACAAGGAGCGUCAGACCGACCUCUCUGGCUGAAGGUGUUCUCUACUUUCUGGGUUCUACUUCUGACACUCUUCAAAGUUUUCACCAUUAUAAUCCCACAGUGCACCUUUCAGGAGUUAAUCAGCACCAAAUACUGUUACACAUCUGUUUCAUUUGUGGUUAACCACACACACAUCUGGAAGAGCAGAGUGUUGUACAGCUGAAAUAAAGUCCAGUCCUUGGCCAAACAAGGUCUGUGUCCGGUUA